AUGUAACCAUCUAGCCAAAGCUUAGAAGGAUAUUAGGAAAUUAGAAUGAAGUUUUCAAGUUCAUGGACAUUUAUGCUUACAUCAUUAGGAUUUGCUGCAGGUUUUGGAAGUGUUUGGAGAUUUCCGUAUCGUAUAAAUUGAUUAUAAAAAUUCAAUUAGUUGUAUUCAAGAAUGGAGGGGGAACUUUUCUAAUACCAUACUUUAUUUUGGUUUUUACUUUGGCUAUUCCAUUAUUUUUUUUAGAAGUAGGUUUGGGAUAAUGUAAAGGAAUUGGAAUGGCUCAUUUAUUAGACUUAGAAAAACCUAAAUUAAGAGGAUUUGGAUAUGUUGGAAUUGUAAUUUGUGCAUAUAUAUCAACAUAUUAUGUACAACGUAUAAUAAUUAAUAGAAUCUAAUUAUGGCAUAUUCUUUGAGAUAUUUGUGGGAGUCAUUCAAAUAUCCAAUUCCAUGGUUGGAGAGCAUAGUUGAAUAGAAUAAACCUUUUUCUAGAGAUUACUUUUAUGAUUCUAUAGUUUAGAUGUCCACUUCAAUUACAGAUUUAAGUAAUUCAAAUAUAAAAUAUAAUAGAUCAUAUAAUUUGGGGUCUUUUUAUAGCAUAUAUAGUAUCAUUGAUAAUAGUUUACUUUUGUAUUAAGUAAUUAUUUAUUUUUAUAUAAUUAGAGAAGGAGUUGAAACUUCAGGAAAAGUGGCAAUAGUGACAGCCACAUCUCCUUAUAUUUUAUUAGUAAUAUUAUUAAUAAGAGGGUUAAUGCUUGAAGGUUCUAGUGAAGGAAUUUAUUAUUUAUUUAAACCAGACUUUGUUAAAUUAUUUAAUCCAUCUGUUUGGGUAGAUGCUGCAAAUUAAGUUAUUUUUCAAAUGUCAGUUGGACAAGCUAUUCUUUGUUUAUAUGGUAGUUAUAGAAAGAAGGAUGACAAUUUACCUAAUUUUUCUUUUGCUAUACCUUUGUUAACAGCAUUAUGUGGUAUGUUAGCCGGUUUGGUCGUAUUCAGUUAUAUAGGACAUGUUAGUUUUAAAUAUAAUAUAUCAAUUUCAUAAUUACCUGUAAAUAAUCAAAAUAUAAUUAGUUAUCUGGUCCUGAUUUGGCAUUUGUUUUAUAUCCAGCAAUUUUAGCUUAAAUGCCUAUGCCAAAUUUAUGGUGUAUUUUAUUUUUUUUAGUAUUAUUAUUGUUGGGGAUUGAUACAUAAUUUGGAUUUGUAGAUGGUAUUGCAGGAACAAUUGAAGAUAUUUAUUUAGGAGAGGUGAUAGUUUUUGGAAAUAAAUUAACUGUUUAAUAAGUUAGAUUAUGUGUUUGCAGUAUUUUAGGAGUGAUAGGUUUAAUUUAUUGUACAGAUAUUGGAUUUUAUUUAUUGAGUUUUGUAGAUACAUUUGGAACGAAUGUUUCAUUUAUGUUGGGAGUAUUGUUUGAAGUGUUUUAUUUUGGAUCAAAGGAGAGAUUUGAAAAAUUGAAAAUUGAUUUAGAGAAACAUGGAAAUUAUGUUCCUUGGUUAAUUGAAUUUUCAUUAACAAAACUCUGUCAUUAUACAGUUAUUGUAUUGCUCAUAAUAUCAAUUAUUUAAUAAAUGAAAAGUUCUCUUGAUUAUUCAUUUUAUAUUAUACUGAUUGGAUGGUUUAUUUCUUUCUCACCAUUUAUAGCUGCAAUUAAGAUUUAUAUAGAGUAAUUAAUUAAUGUAUUAUUAUAGAAAUCGAAAUAGGAUUGAUAUGAGCAAGACAGAUUUGGAUAUAGAGUUAUUGACAAAGCAAGUAUAAUAAUGA